AUUUAUGUUUAAUGACGUGUUAAAUGAACAAGUGAGGGAUCUUUUGAAUGGAGGAGACUACAAUCAGAUUUAUCUUAUCGUUCACUGAGUCAGCGAAAAUGAGGUGCGCUAUUGGGUAGGGAGAGAGCGCAGAGGAGACGAACGGGGAGGUCCAGUCCUGAGUGAAUAAUGUGUUCUCCAAGAGGCAUCAGCUUGUUCCCAAGUUUGGUGAGAACGAUCGAUCCUUCAGCAGAAUCUCAUCGAAACACAUACUUGAAUUGAGCUGUAGUUCAUUACAAGAUAAAGAAGUGCAUCAACCAAAGGAUACGCGCGCUGCGGUUUACCCAGAAUAGGUGCCCAAGUUGUACCUCUAUAUAUUUGGAUAGAAGCUAGUACAGUAUGACUUGUCGGCUUGACAGUGUUGGUCCUUAUCUAUAGCAUAAUACUGAUCCGCGCGUUAUCAAUCAAGACCAGGUCGGCAAAUAUCUGAAGAUCUUAAGAUGAUUAUGAAUAGCUCGGACAUAUUUUGUAAUUACAAAGAAGUAAGUAACUUCACCAACAACUCGUCAUGUGUGAACACGACUCAGUCCUCACCCAGCUUCAUCGACUUGGCGACUUUUAUGCACAUAUUCCCGUCUAUAUACGGCAUCCUGUGUACAAUAGGAGUCAUCGCCAACGGUUUGGUGAUUUACGCAGUGGCGACUUGCAAGAAGAAGAUGGUCUCGGACAUCUACGUGCUGAACCUGGCCGUCGCAGAUAUGCUCUUCAUGCUGGUGAUGCCUUUCAACAUUCACCAGCUGGUCCGGGACAGACAGUGGGUGUUCGGGAACUUCAUGUGCAAAGCUGUCGUGGUGGUGGAUGUUAGCAACCAGUUCACUACCGUGGGGAUUGUAACGGUGCUGUGUAUUGACAGAUACAUUGCCAUCGUCCACCCCACCUCAGAGAAGCGGACCAUCCAGUGGACCAUCAUCAUCAACAUCCUGGUGUGGAUCGGCAGCUUCCUGCUGACCGUGCCCGUCAUGAUCUACGCCAUGGUGGUGAGGAAGAGCGACCUGGAGAUGUGCAUGAUGUUCCUGGACGGGCCUGAGGACAUGUACUGGUACACUCUCUACCAGUCCAUCCUGGGCUUCAUCUUCCCUCUCAUCAUCAUCUCCACCUUCUACUCCCUCACCCUUUACCACGUCUUCAGAUCCAUCCGCCGAGUCAAGCGUAAACAGUCUGUCUGGGCGAAGCGCGCCACCAAGACCGUGGUGAUGGUCAUUGCUCUCUUCCUGGUGUGCUGGAGCCCAUAUCACGUGAUCCAGGUGAUUAACUUGAGCAACAACAGGCCAACCAACACCUUUGUGUAUGUCUACAACAUCACGAUCUGUCUGAGUUACUCCCACAGCUGCAUCAACCCUCUGAUGCUGCUCAUCUUCGCUCAGAACUACCGCGAACGUCUCUGUCACAGGAAGGAUUUGAGGAGUUCGCAGCAGAACUCCUCCAAGACCACUGUGAUCAAGACAGACGGCUCCAGCGUGUCCACCGACCCAAACUACCGCUGCACAGUCAUCUAAUAGUACAGAUAUUGCCACUCAUAUACUGUGUGUGUGUGUGUGUGUGUGAAUAGGUGGGCUGUUGUUUUGUCCCAAUAAGACUACCAAAAGUCAGCUGUUUCCGUUCUGCUAUCUUCAACAAACUUUAGGGUUCAUGAAUUACUUGAAGCCAAAGUAAAUGAGAAACACUUAUCUUUCCAGGGGACAGAAGUGGCAUUAUGUGUUAGUGGAUGGAUGAAUGGAUUUACUCAUCGGACUGCAACAGCUCCACCAUCACUAUCAUUCUUCUGAUACAAAUGUCAACUGAUCAAAAUGUCAUUGUCUCAAUCAUUAUCUUAGGACAGCCUCUCUCCCCCUCUCUAACUUUCUCCCCCCCCCUCUCCCCCCUCCCUUUAUCCCCCUCUCUCCCUCCCUCUUUCCCCCUCUCGCUCCACCCUUUCUCCUCUCUCUCGCUCUCUCUCUCUCCCUCUCUUUCCCCUCUCCCCCUGUCUCUCUCCCCUCUCUCCCUCUCUCUCCCCUCUCCCUCCCCCUCCCUUUCUCCCCUCUCGCCCUCCCUCUCCAUCUCUUCUCUCUCGCUCUCGCCCCUUUCUCCCCUACCUCUCUCCCUCUCUUUCCCCCUCUCUCUCUCCCCCUCUCCCCCUCUCCCCCCCCUCUCUCUCUCUCUCACUCCCCCUCUCAUUCCUCCUCUCUCACUCUCCUGCUCUCGCUCGCUCUCGCCCCCUUUCUCCCCUCCCUCUCUCCCCUCUCUCUCUCCCCCUCUCCCCCUUUCCCUUUCUCCCUCCCCCUCUCUCUCUCUGACACGCACCCAGGGAUGGAAUUUAAGGAUUGUUUUACUAGCCCGGUCUGAAAAUACUAGCCUCAGGCUACUGGGCUAGCAUAAUGUCCAUCCCUGCACACACUUAAUGACCACCACUCCCCACAAGAAUUAUACUACGGUAUAAAUAUUGUAGUAUUCACUUCAGUGUUUUUACGUACUUUUGAGGAAACACUACAGUGUAUACUGUAGUAUACUUUAGUAUUUGCUGUAGUAUACUGUAGUCUUCACAGUUAACUAAUGUAUGAAUACUGUAGUAUAUACUAUAGUAAUUAAUGUAGUGUUUUUGCAGUUUGUAGUAUUUACUGUAGUGUUUCUGCAGACUGUAGUAUUUACUGUAGUGUUUUUGCAGACUGUAGUAUACUGUUGUCAUUGUGGGAGGGAGCAAACAGACAAUUCAACAGGGUGUUUUGAAUUUAACCAGGCAAGUCAGUUAAGAACAAAUUCUUAUUUACAAUGACGGCCCUACCACGUCCAAACCCGGACGACGCUGGGCCAAUUUGUGCACCGCCCAAUGCGACUCCCAAUCACAGCCAGUUGUGAUACAGCCUGGAAUUGAACCAGGGACUGCAGUGACUCCUCGAGUACUGAGAUGCCGUGCUGCGUCGCUCAGGAGCCCUCUCAGUUCACUGCCUCACACCAGGGAGAUUGCAGAAUUCUUGUUCAUCACACAUACUGAUAAAAAAAAUAUUUAAAAAUAAGUCUUUUUUUUUUCUUCAAGAACCAUCGGGACUCUUGAUGAGAACUGGAGUAUAAUGUUGCAUUGAUUUGAGACCAUCAACAUUUUAAAGAGGAAAUAGCGGUAGAAGUAAAUAAUAAAAGUAUAUUGAAUGAAUAUAGCCCUUGUAGCAUAACAUAUUAUGAGGAACUGUCCUAUACACACUUUUUAAUUUAUCCUUUAUUUUACCUUUAUUUAACUAGGCAAGAUAGUUAAGAACAAAUUCUUAUUUACAAUGGUGGCCUACCGGGGUAGAGUGGGUUAAACUGCCUCGUUCAGGGGCAUAAAGACAGAUUUUUACGUUGUCAGGUCGGGGAUUCAAUUCAAUCCAGCAAUUUUUCGCUUACAAACGUUCUAACCACUAGGUAAACCUGCCGACCCCAACUACUCAAACAACACGCACUACUUAAAACACACGUUAACUUGUUCCUAUUCACAGCUUGUGUUUGUUUUCUCACUCUACCUGACACUCUAGUGUUAGCCUGUACUAUGCGCAUUCAGGUGACUUUUACAUUAAUACUGUUAAUUGUAUUAAAACCUUCUUAUUAUGGUCAUUUACUAAUUGUCCGAUAUCAUCUCUGUAACGUAUACAAUAUAACGCACAAUUUUUGUAUAUAUUUUAAUGUUGACUCCAAAAAUAAAUAGAGAAUAACUUUUUUUUUUUUUUACUUGCAAAAACAAGUACAUUUAUUUGUUUAUUUACCAAAUAACAGUAUAAUGUAUGUAUGAAUGACACAUUUUGAGAUAUUGACGUGAUAAAGUUAAUUACAAAGUUGUGGUUCGUAGUUAAAACAAGUCGUUAUGGUGAUCUGGUAUUGGACAUAAAUCCACUAUAUGUAAAUACUGCAGUUUUACACUUUAUUAAGAUGUUUUCCUUCCUGGUUAUAUUGUGUAUUAUACUACAUGUACUUUGAAUAUAUUAUUUGUCCAUAUAUGGUAUUUCAGAUGAGUUUUACAUGAAUACAAUAUAACCACAUCUCGUUGUUCUUAUUGUUCAGUGUAAUUUAUGUACUAAACUGAAAAUAAACAUCAACGUAACAUGUAAAGUGUUGGUCCCAUGUUUCAUGAGCUGAAA